UUGAGUAGAGAGACAUGAUCCAUCCCCGUACUCCCAACGGGAUGCUAACCUGCUGGGCAUCCAUUGCCAUGAUGCUGCUGCUGCUGAUCACGGUGCCAGCGGUCGCCGCCACCGGCGAUCCACCAACUAUGAUAGGGAUGCCAAACUGCAACACCACCUGUGGCAACGUGACCGUGCCUUACCCAUUUGGGAUGGGCCCGGCCCGUUGCUACCGGUCGCCGGGGUUCAAGCUCACCUGCGACCACGGAAGUAGUAAUGUCCCAAGGCUUCUGCUCGGCGACGGUCAUGCCGGCAUGCUUGAGGUCGUCGACAUCUCCCUCGACUCCAGCACCAUCACCAUCGACACGGUGCAGUCCGUAAACAAGAGCGGCUGGUCCGGCCGGUGGAGUCUCGGUGGCACUGAGACCACCGGUGGCUUGUCAUACUUCCUGGAACCGGGAUACAACGAGCUCAUCCUCACGGGCUGCAAUGUGAAGGCAACGUUAAGGGGGAAUGGGAGCCUCAUCAGCGGCUGCAUCUCUUUGUGCAGCGCUGGUUCUGUUAAGCCCAACAUUUAUUGUCGGCCAAACGGCAAUUUCACUGCCUGCACCACAAUUGGUUACUGCAAGUCAUCCAUCGUGACUGCCAGCACAUCCUUGGGAAUGGAACUCAAGCGGCUCAACUACUGCCUUCCCAAUCCCAAGGACAAUGAUUUGCCCGUGAAUGUGCUCAUCGCCCAGACCGGUUGGUUCGACUUACAGCAGUACCUGGACGUGGUUCUGAACAUUACUACCAGCGACGACAAAGAUCGGGGUAAGGCUGAUCAGCUCACUGUCCCCGUGAGUCUCGGGUGGGGGGUGAUUCACGGCCCAGCCAAUUAUCCUAUCAUCCGAGUGGAAUGCCCGGACCACACAGCCCAGAGCAUCUGCAAGAGCACCAACAGCGAUUGCAGACAGGCCGCAUACGGAGGCGCCUAUUCCUGCCGGUGCAUGAAGGGCUAUGAGGGAAACCCUUACCUCACCGGAGGAUGCCAAGAAGCCAAAGUCAAAGACUGCGAUCAGAACGGAACAUAUGGCUGCUUAGGCGACUGUGAGGAACUGCAGGGAUCGUUCCGGUGCCACUGCCCCAGAGGAACCCAUGGCGACCCCACCAUACCCGGUGGCUGCGUCAAGUCAGGUAACUUGGGCAUAAUCAUUGGUUUCUCGGUUGCUAGUGGCCCAUGCAUCCUGCUUUUGGUUGUUGGUGCACUGCUAAUAACUCGCGAUCUUAAGCAACGCAAGACGAUGGCGUUGAGACACAAGUUCUUUAGUCAAAACCGUGGACAACUGCUGAAGCAAUUGGUAUCUCAUAGGGCAGACAUCGCAGAGAGGAUGCUCAUUUCUUUAGAGGAGCUAGAGAAAGCCACCAACAAUUUUGAUCAAGCUCGUAGGCUUGGUGGUGGUGGGCAUGGCACUGUCUACAAAGGCAUUUUGUCAGAUCUGCAUGUGGUGGCCAUCAAGAAAUCAAAUAUUGUGGUCAAGAGAGAAAUUGAUGAGUUCAUAAAUGAGGUUGCUAUGCUCUCGCAGAUCAACCACAAGAAUAUUGUUAAGCUUCAAGGUUGUUGUCUUGAGACAGAAGUACCUUUACUCGCCUAUGAGUUCAUUUCCAAUGGAACGUUAAGUGACCAUCUGCACGUGGAGACACCUAGAUCACUACCUUGGAAAGAUAGGUUAAGGAUAAUAGGUGAAGUAAGCAAAGCUCUUGCUUACCUCCACUCUGCCAUUUCAGUCCCCAUAAUCCACAGAGAUAUUAAGCCUUCCAACGUACUUCUUGAUGAUGCCUUGACAGCCAAAGUGUCAGAUUUUGGAGCUUCAAGGUAUAUCCCCAUAGAUCAAACAGGAAAAACAACUGCAGUGCAGGGGACUAUUGGAUAUUUAGACCCUAUGUAUUAUUACACGCGACGACUAACCGAAAGUAGCGAUGUCUAUAGCUUUGGAGUCCUUCUUGUUGAGUUGCUUACAAGGAAGAGACCAUCAUUGUGUAUGUCCUCCGAAGGUGAUUGGAUUGUCACUCAGUUUGUUGAAUUACAUGAGGAUGGCAAUCUGGUCGAUAUACUGGAUCCACAGAUUGUGGAGGAGGGAGGUAAGGAAGUGGAAGAAGUAGCUACUUUGGCUGUGUCGUGCAUGAAACUGGUAGCAGGAGAGCGACCAACAAUGAGGAAAGUGGAAAUGGCAAUGGAGGCUCUCCAACCACCUAAGGAGCGUGUCAUGGGUGGUUUGACAAGCAAUGGAGCGAAUCGAAGAGAAGUAAGCAGGUGUUAUAGCCUAGAAGAAGAGUUUGCGCUAUCCGGGAGAUACCCUCGAUAGACUUGCUGGUUUAUGUUAGCAAUUAAGCUUAGGUAGGAGGCGUGCUGUGUUUGGAAGUGUUUGAGUCGGUCCAGUAUACGUAUGAGGAUAGGUCGUAUUAGGAAAUGUUUUGUAAGACGGUGUUAUACCAGGUCGCGUUGUGUUGGGCCUGUGUUGUGUUGGACACGAGUUUGUAUCCCCUAUAUAAUGCAAUGAAAAAGACCACGAAAAGCAGCUCGUAUUGCUGCACCAA